CCAGCUGUACACAGUCAGGACCACCUCAUCCUCUCGCUCUCAUCUUCAAUGUUUCUCCCUUUCGUUGAGUGAGCCAUAAGGCUGAAAAUGAUCUCUACGACUUUGGAUUUAAUGCUUCAUUCAUCAAUCAACACUGUAUAUUUCCUCAGUAUUGUUCAAAUUUGAAUAUUGUGUAUUUGAAUGCUCUCUUUCACCACCAUUAUAGGAACAGGGACUAUACAGCAGUUGUUCAGACAUAGAUCCAGACACUGGAACCUCAGGGUGGUGUGUUCUCUCAAUCUCUCACCUAGCUGGGUAUCCUGUACUGCGGCCAUCCUCUGCUCUCCUUUGACAUCCACUCUUCACAAGGACCUCAGAGUUAGUGGUUAUCUCUGUAAGAAUGGAGGAUUCCUCUGAACAGUCUCACUGGGUGUCUCCGGCUCUGCUCAGCUCUGAUCCCCUGGCCAGCUUCUCCUCAGAGCCUGGCUUACUACCUCCAGGAGAGGAGGGAGAGUCCUUCUUCUCCAACCCUGAGACUGACUACACCAGCCUUCCCUCCUACUUCUCCAACCCCAGCCACAGCAGGGCUCCAUCAGGCUACAGACAGAGCUCAGUUCGCCAGGUGUACUCCUCGCCCUCUCUCCUGAGCAACCUUCAAUGGCUGGAUGGCCCUGGCAGCCACUCACUGAGCUCUCCAUACAACCCAUCAUCCUCUACCUGGACCAGCAAUCCUUUCACUAAGACUCCUCUGCACCCAUACACCCCAACCUCCCUUUAUGCCUCCAGCGCCACGUCCUCGUUCACCUCCAGAGAUGGGUACUCCUCUCCAGGUAGGGAUGGUAAGGAGAGUCCCAGGCUUCAGGAGGCCCUGAAGGCCGAGCGCUUGAGUCCUUUGGGUGGAGGUGGUGGAAGCAGUUUUAUGAAUCUGACUUCUGCUGCUGGGAGUGUGUGCACACCAUCUCCCCACUCCCAUUCACACAUGCUGGGCCCCUACAGCUCGUACAUGACCUCUCCACAGGACUACACAAUGGCAGGCCUAUACUCCUCCCCAGGGGCAUGGAUGAGCCCCUCCUCCUACUCCCCCAAACUACGUAAUAAGAUGAGGCUGUCUCCACCAGAGGCCAGAGAGUGUGUCAACUGUGGAGCCACUGCCACCCCUCUAUGGCGUCGAGAUGGAACAGGACACUACCUGUGUAACGCCUGUGGGCUUUACCAUAAGAUGAAUGGCCAAAAUCGUCCCCUGAUCCGACCAAAGAAAAGACUGAUUGUCAGCAAGCGGGCCGGGACUCAAUGUGCCAACUGUCACACCAGCACCACCACGCUGUGGAGACGGAACGCCAGGGGUGAGCCUGUGUGCAACGCCUGUGGACUCUACUUCAAGCUGCACAACGUCAACAGACCCCUUACUAUGAAGAAAGAUGGUAUCCAAACACGAAACCGUAAAGCGUCCAACAAGAACAAGAAGGGCAAGAAGAGCGCCAUGUUGGAGCAGUACCCUGACCUUUCACAGGGUCCCCCCCUCGAUGACCACGGAGGCCCCUACUCGCUGGGUCCAGGGUCACAGCUCUCCUACAGCCACACCCCUCACUUCCUCUCCCCACCCUCCGGCCUGCACCCGUCUGUCAGCCUGUCUUACACCCAUCACCCAAACACUGGCAUGGUGCCCACACUGGUGUGAAACAGACCUAGACACAUUCAGACCCAUAAAGGCAACAUACAGCACAUACAGUACAGACACAAACUCGCCUACUGAGGAAUAGCUUCUUUGUAGCAAUGGAUGCCUUGUACAUAAAUGCAUUUAUACUUUUUUCCUUCCUAUUUUAUGUGUGAAGUUGAUCUUGUCUUAACACUGGACAUAAUACUGCACAUUUUUACAAGAUCAAAAAAUAAAAACUUUUAUGGAAGGAUUUGAUUGUAUUUUGUUAAAGGCAUAUUCUAUUUUUAUGAAAACUAAAACUUUAAAGGUAAAGUUUAAACUUCCCACUGUAAUCAUUGAUACGGGUAACACUGGUAUGAACUUGUAGCUAUCUGUAUUUCGUAAAUACGUACCGAAUUGUGUGGACUAAAGUUGCCAUAUAUCCCUUUUCAAAUGUUUAUGAUUUUAGUUGAAGGUGAAAGGGCAUUAAAAUGUGAAUUGUUUUGUAUUUGCUACAUUUCUAUAUUUGUAAUUUCUUACAAGCUCCUCAUAAACAAUAAAACAUGAAUGGUAAAAU